AUGCGCUGGACGAGGGCAAUCCAGAUCUUCAUUAUACCCCUUAUUCACGGUGUCCGGUUCUGGCUUUCCAGGAUCAUUCAAGUCAACAGCUACUUUGACACUUGCAUGAAUCGUGAUAAUCGCAUUCUGAGUUCUUCCGGAGGUAGACCCCAAGGGGGCUCCGGCAUUGAAAAAAAAGACCUGGGGCACACAUCCAAAUAUGGUAAUGCUACGUCAUCCUGCGGCCUUCCCUCUUCCUCGUGCAGACCCAGUUUCGAGGUUCCUGCUCAAGUGAUAUGCACUGCAGGUGGUACUGAUAAUAAAAUGCAUGAUUAUGUACUUAGAUACAGCCAAAGCUACUGGUAUUUGAACUCUACAGCACUGAAUAACAUGCCUGGAGGUCCAGCUGGGUCCUGGUUCCAGUCUGGCAUUCUAUUGCCAGAGCCCCCUUGGUAG